AUGGAUGGCAGCUCCCCGCUCUCCGCACCAAGCAGCUUGGAGUCACCCCUGAUGUAUGAGGUUCCGGAAACGCAGCAGGGCAGUGCCAGCGCCAGCUUGGGAAGCAGCCUGGGCGGCUCCAUCACUGCGUGUAGGAAGAUUCUCCGCAGUAAUAGCCUGCUGGAGUCUACAGACUACUGGCUGCAGAAUCAGAGAACACCCUGCCAGAUUGGUCUUGUGGAAGACAAGUCUGAAAACUGCGCUUCUGUCUGCUUUGUGAACCUGGAUGUGAACAAAGAUGCAUACAACACGGAGCAGCUGCAGCAGAAGUUGGUCAGUGUUUCACCAGAUCUUCCAAAACUUAUAAGCUCCAUGAAUGUCCAACAGCCAAAAGAAAAUGAAAUUGUCCUCCUAAGUGGGUUAACAUCUGGAAACCUACAGACAGAUUUUGAAGUUUCACAGUGUCCUUGGAUGUCAGAUGUCUGCUUGGUCCAGUGUGCAAGAGGGAACAGACCAAACAGUACCAAUUGCAUCAUCUUUGAAAUCAACAAAUUUUUGAUUGGUCUGGAACUGGUACAGGAGCGGCAGCUCCACCUUGAAACAAACGUCUUGAAAGUGGAGGAUGACACGAACUGUUCCUUGUCCUCAGUUGAAGAAGACUUUCUUACUGCAUCCGAGCACUUGGAGGAGGAAAGUGAAGUGGAAGAGUAUAGGAACGGUUAUGAAAAUAUAAAUGUCUCAACCAGUAUCUUGGAAAAUAAAAAGCUAAAGGAAGCCACUAAAGAGGAAUGGAAUUACAGCAAGGAAAAGUUACUUUAUCCAUUGGAAGACAAGUGUGUUAGCAAAUAUCAUACACCACUGGUUAAAACAGAAGGAUCUCUGGGAAAAGUGGCAGAAUAUACAAGUCUGCAGAGCCUAGAUCCUUCAGCCAAGAUAUCAAAGUGGAAAGGUGAAGCCGUGGGGAAUGAGAGGUCAACCACAAAUGAUUAUUACUCAGAAAAGUGUAAAAGUCAAGAGGAAAAAUCACAGGCACUAUGUAUUCCAGGCAAUGCUUAUUUCUCAAGGAUGGUUAAAAGGGAUGGACCUUCUGCGUGUGAGACUUUCUCUGAGUGUGACAGCAAUUUAGACCCAGGAGACCAUGAAGACCACACAAGCACUCUUCUUCCCUUACAAGAUGGAGAAGCCACAACAGGCAAGUAUGCCACAAAUUUGGCGGAAUCUGUGCUGCAAGAUGCAUUUAUUCGACUGUCUAAGUCUCAGCCUGCCCUCCCCCAGGAAUCUGCAGUCAGUGUUUCUGUAGGAAGUACUCUGCUCCCCAGUAGCUCUUCUACAAACGAUAUCGUGGUACCUCAGUCAUGGAACGAGCUCCCCAAAAUCGUCAUUGUCCAGAGUCCAGAAGGCAGUGAUGCUGGCCCUGAGCCAGGCACUUCCUCGUGGCCCGAGGCAGAAGUCUCCAGUGAAACUUCAGGCGUCCCCUCUGGAGAGAACUCCAGCAGACACCCCCAGAGUGCUCUAGAAGUAGCAUUAGCUUGUGCAGCCACUGUUAUUGGAACCAUUUCCAGUCCACAAGCCACAGAAAGAUUCAAAAUGGAGCAAGAACCCCUGGUUUCACACCAUCCACUGGGAGGUGAUGAGCCAGUGCAAACUCAGGCCUCUCAAGUACUCAAGGAUCCCUCCCUCCGUGAAUACUCGCUUCCAUCUGCUUUAUGCGGCAUGACUCAGGUGGCCAGUGCUGUUGCUGUCUGUGGCCUGGGGGAAGCAGGAGAGGUGAAGUGCCCGGUGGCUUCCAGUGGCUUCCUGUCUGCAGUUGAGGCCCCUGCAGCUAUCCCCCAACUUUGUGGCUUCGUAACAGAGAGGACCAUGGAGCUGGGGAAUGAAGCCAUUGCAGAGGCCUUGCUCAAGGAGGUUGCCUUGGUCUUAACAAGACCUAAUGCCUACAGCAGCAUCGGAGACCUCAUGGAGUCAGUGAACAGGAGGAUCGUAGAAGCUGUUUCAAAGCCUCAGACCUUGGGCUCAGAAAAUGCCCUUGGGAAUGAACUGGCACAGACCCUGUCCAAUGUUAUCCUGAAGCAUUCCAUUGAUGAAAUUCACCAGAAAAAUAAAAUAACAGACCCCAAUGAUGACAGGGACUCAUCUGAAACCCUGGACUCCUUGAUGGAAAGUGUAAAUCAGCUGCUCUUCAAUGUGAUAUGCUUCACAUUCAAGAAGAUGAGCCACCUUGUACAGCUUGGGGGAUGUCCCCCUGUCCUUUCUAAGGAGACCAUCAGAUGGAGGGAAACCGAACCAGACUUCCAGCCAACUGAUCAAGCCAUUUGUCCAGCAUGGACAAAAGCCGCUGAAUACUCCAGUUGCCAUCCACUUAGCAACCUGCAUAUCAGCAGUCCUGUUAUCAAUGAUCUCGUAGAUGCUGGACAUCUGAAGCAAGAUAGCAAGGGUCCAGAGCAGUCAGGUCUUUCCCAGAUCCCCACACUGCAAUCUGAAUUAUCCUGCAGUACCAGCAUGUCUGCUAAAACACCCCCCAAGGAAAUAUAUCUGACAGGAUCGGUGGUGGAGGAUACGAAAAACCCUCCUCCACCACCCAGUGACAAUGAGAAUGAAUGCAGAGUGCCUCCAGAGGAAGAAAUGACGCCAACAGUUGGCAAGUACAGCUCCAGUUCCCAGGACACUGAGGACAGCAUCACUGCAGAUGCCCAAGAAAAGUACAAUGGUGCCUCGCCUCUGAACAAUGAAGUUCAAGUUUGCCCGUCUUUGUUGGGGGAUGAUUUGCUUCUUCCUGCUCAAUCCAUGCUACCAGAAGAAGACCCGGACAUAUACUGCAUUGCAGACUUCGCAGAAGAAUUAGCAGAGACGAUCGUCUCCAUGGCAACGGAAAUCGCAGCGAUUUGCCUAGACAACUCCAAUGGAAAACAACCCUGGUUCUGUGCAUGGAAAAGAGGGAAUGAGUUUCUGGUUACCCCCAACAUCUCCUGCCGAUCCUUGAAGAGGAAGAAAGAGAGCCAGGCCAGCGGGGCCACUGUGAGGAAACACAAGCCCCCGCGACUCAGCGAGAUCAAGAGGAAAACCGAUGAGCACCCAGAGCUGAAAGAGAAGCUGAUGAACAGAGUGGUGGACGAGUCCAUGAACCUCGAGGACAUCCCAGACUCUGUCAGUAGUUUUGCAAACGAAGUGGCAGCCAAGAUCAUGAACCUCACAGAGUUCUCCUUGGUGGACGGUGUCUGGCAAGCCCAGGGCUACCCCCGGAGUCGGUUACUGGGUGGGGACAGGUGGAACCGCCUGAAGGCCUCCAGCUGCGAGAGCAUUCCAGAGGAGGACUCUAACACCCGGGCCUAUGUGAACAGCCUGGGUUUAAUGAGUACCCUGAGUCAGCCAGUUAGCCGGGCCAGCUCCGUCUCCAAGCAGUCGAGCUGCGAGAGCAUCACCGAUGAGUUUUCCAGGUUCAUGGUGAACCAGAUGGAAAGUGAAGGAAGAGGCUUCGAGUUACUGGUAGAUUACUACGCAGGCAAGAACGCCAGCAGCAUCCUGAGCUCAGCUGUGCAGCAGGCCUGCCGGAAAAAUGACCACCUGAGUGUGAAGCCAGGCUGCCCCUCGAAACAGUGCAGCACCGAGAGCAUCACCGACGAGUUCUACAGGCACAUGCUGAGGGAGAGCGAGCGGGAGGGCAAAGACGGCGCCUCCUCCAGGCGAGGCAGCCAGGACUGGACCGGCUUGCUCUCGCCUUCUCUGCGAUCCCCCUUGUACUACAGACAGUCGUCCGUGCCCGACGGCAGAUCCCCGGGCGCCAGGCUCACGGUGAACGUGCCCAUCAAAGCCAACUCCUUAGACGGCUUUUCUCAACACAGCCAGCAAGACUUCCUCAGCGUCCAGCCAGUCGGUGGUGCUUCCUCCUCGGGGCUCUGCAAAUCUGACUCUUGCCUGUAUCGCAGAGGCGGGGCUGACCACGUCACAAACAUGUUAAUUCACGAGACCUGGGCAAACUCAAUCGAGGCCCUCAUGCGGAAGAAUAAAAUUAUAGUGGACGAUGCCGGCGCGGCUGAUGCUGAACCUGCUGCAGGGGGCCCGUCCUUGCAAGUGGAAAAGUGUGCGGGCAGGUUAGCUUCGGGCAGGGUGCAAAGUGGGCCAGCGCUGCUUGUGCAGGGGUCCGUUGAGUAUCCGAGGAAAAACUCAAUCACAGAAAGCAGCCCUCCCCCAUGGUCGUCCCCAAGCAAAGCUGCUCCUCUUACAAGUCACAGCAGUUUAGAUUUUAACAAGGAAACUCCCUCAUGCCACGAUGAGGUCCCUCUAAGCCACACCCGGCGAUCACUUUGCUCAAGGGAAGUGCCUUUAAUCCAGAUCGAAACAGACCAGAGAGAAGAAUGUGUGGGAGAAGCUGAACACGUUGUUUCCGAAUGCAGCCCCCUGGAGGAAAAAGAAGAGUGUUUGAAAGAAGAAAAGGUCCCAGAUGCAGGGAAGGGUGAGGACGCUGCCCUGAGUGCCUGCCAGAACCCCAGUGAAACCCUUGAUACCAGAGAUGUACCAGAGGCUGAAGUCCCAAAAGACGGCAGAGCCCUGGAUGAGUUCUCCAGCCCUCCCGGCAGCAGUGGGGAGAGCAUGGACAGUUGGUCCCAGCUUGUCAACGAGGAGGACAACCCAGACGACACAAGCAGCUUCCUGCAGCUCAGUGAGCGAUCCAUGAGCAAUGGCAACAGUAGUGCCACUAGCAGUCUUGGCAUUAUGGACCUGGACAUUUAUCAGGAAAGCAUGCCAUCUUCUCCUAUGAUUAAUAAAUUGAUAGAAGAAAAGGAGAUUCUUAAAGGACAGUCAGAAGCUAUUGAGGCACGUGCCUCUGGAACGCCAGUGGGAACGGUCAGCCGCCAGGGGAGCCUGCUGGUGAUCAACUUUGACCUGGAGCCAGAGUGUCCUGACGCUGAGCUGCGAGCCACUCUGCAGUGGAUAGCUGCGUCUGAACUCGGUAUCCCCACCAUCUACUUUAAGAAAUCUCAAGAAAACAGAAUCGAAAAGUUUCUAGAUGUUGUGCGGCUGGUCCAUCAGAAGUCCUGGAAGGUGGGGGAUAUCUUCCAUGCAGUGGUUCAGUACUGCAAGAUACACGAGGAGCGGAGGGAUGGGACCCCAAGUCUCUUUGACUGGCUCUUGGAACUGGGCUAA